CAUCAGCCUCUCUCCCAAAGGAAGAGCAAGAAACGGGACGCAGCAUUUAAAACUGAUCCACUUGUGUCUGGGAGAAGAUUUAGGUGGAUGUGAAAGUGUAACAAUUUUUAUUUCUCCUUGUUUCAUCCUUUGCAAUCAGAGCAAGUGACUCAACUGGACACCAGAUAAUGUUAUGACUUCCAUCCUGCACUUAUUUUAAGCGUGUGCACACUGGAGCUCAGAGCAGAGAAUAACAAGAACUUGCAAUUUUUUUGAAAUGAUGUUCAACUUUUCCCUCAGGUCACUUUUUCCAUUUGUGGGAGUUCUUACAGCUAUUAAAGCUGCAGGAUGUCAGAAAGCUGAAGAUGCUGGAGCUCUCCCCAGUCCUUCACCUAUUUACCCAUCCAUCAAAUUUCAGAUCUUCAAUGCAGACCAUGUGUUUCUGGAACAAGGUACAGGGACCCCAAGCAACUCAAGUCUCAAAGUUCAGACUCAGACUUUUUUCAUAAGCAGUCUGGGAGCUGGGUUCCUCCAGCCAGCUAUCAAGGCUUCUUUUGGCCCCCUUGCUGUAGAUGCCACCAUUCCUCCUGAUCUCCUCCUUAGCGGACGGAAAAUCCUUGGAGUUCUUUUGGUCCGUCAGGUUCGAUCCUCAUACCCAUUUGUCAAGAUUCUUUUCCACAUGCCCACAGAAAGCAAUAUCACUUUCAGGCAAGAAAUGAUGGACUCUAAUGGAGAUAAUGAGGCUAAGGCCAAGGAUGACGCGCACUGUGUGACAGCCUAUGCCUUCUGGGAGACGAAGGAAGUCAGAGGAGCUUGUCUGGUUUCUCCAGGGGGAUUCUGUGUGGCUCAGCUUAAGCCAGAACCAUCUUGGUUCAGCUCAGGAAGCAGAUCUGGAAGCGCGAGUCAGGAAGCAGAAAAAACUGAAGCAAUGAAGGGCCUUCGAGGAAAUCUUGUGGAGAUCUAUUUCCAGAGCAGAAGGGACCAGUCUGGCCAGUGUGCUCCACAAGACAGCCUGCAACGAGUGGGAGUGGGAAGAGGGAGAGACUCUGGGGGAUCCGGAACGCCUCUGCGAAGGAUCGGAAGUGUCUCUCUUAUCAAAACUCAAUCAGGCAACCCUACUUUCCUGAGGCUCAGGCUGGGAGGUGCUGUGAUGAUCCAAACGUCUUCCAAACCCUUAAAGAAUGAGGAUGUGGGAACUUUUUACAUCUUCCUGGCGAGUACGUCUAUGCUGGAAAAUUUUACUUUGAGGGCUGCUGUAAAAUCAGGCUUGUCCUUCAGAGCGGCUCGGCCUAGUGACCCAUUACUGUGGGAUAUCAUUGUGGAGCCUGGGAGAGGAGCAACUCCCAACGCCGUUACUGUCGUCUGCCGCAGGAAGGCUUCCAUCACCUCAAAACGGGGUCUUCUGGAGAUUUUGCAGUUAGACUUUGUGCCAAAAGAUGUCUCCGAGCAGAUUGAGAGUCAGGCUAUCUCUUGGCGUCUGGAGCUGCCAGGGAAUGUCAAAGAUGUUGGCUUAAUGCGGAUCUUCACCGCCCCACGAGACUUCAUUGGACUGGCACCUCUGGUGAUGACUACAGAUAUUUUGAAUACUGCUGUGUUGACGGGUAAAAUGGUUUCAGUUCCUGUGAAAACUCUUGCUGUUGAGGCCAAUGGCACUGUUACAGAUGUGACAAACUUCACCAACUGCAAAUCAGCAGAGAUGGAUGUGCUCAAGGUGUCAGAACGCUGUAACUAUGUUUUUGUGAAUGGAAAAGAGACAAAAGGCAAAAGCAGCGUGAUGAUCAAUUUCACAUACGGUUUCCUGAGUGCGCAGCUGGAGUUGAGUGUGUGGAUCCCCCGCCUGCCUCUGCUCAUCGACAUCGCCGACCCUGAGCUUAGCCAGAUUAAAGGUUGGAGGGUACCCGUCACAACAGGCAAUAGAAGAUCUACAUGGGACAGUGAAGAAGAUGAGGACAUGAGGAAGGGAAGAGGAUGCAUGUUACAGUACCAACUCUCGACAGUGAGGGUGCUCACACCUUUUGUGGCCCAGCCUGAUUCUGAGGUUCUGCCUGGCCCACUUACUGGAGAAGAGCCUGUUGAAUAUUUUUUAGGUUCUGAUUGGCAGGUUGAUGUGACUGACCUCGUGCGCUAUGCUCUAAAAGUAGCAGAUCCUGAAGUAGCCAGAGUGCAAGAUGGUGUUGUACUGCAAGGGCGGGCUGUUGGGACCACUGUUGUGCAGGUGUUGUCCCCGGUGACGUCAUUGGUCCUGGCUGAGAGGAGCAUCAGGGUGGUGGAUGAUAAAGUGAGCGUGACAGAACUGGGAGUGCAGUUAGUUUCCGGACUUUCUCUGUCUCUUCAGCUCAGCCCUGGGAGCAACAGGGCUAUUGUUGCCACAGCAACCACAAGGGAGACAGUCACAGAACUCAAACAGGAAGCAGUGGUCAGCUGUUGGGUUCAAUUCAGUGAUGGGGCGGUUGCUCCACUGGAGCUUUUUGAACGUGGUGUCUACUCCCUCACCGUUUCCACCAAUGAUGAGAGGGUGGCCACUGUGCGGCGCACACCACUGUCCACAUUCGUGGUUGCACAAGGUGAAGGCGAAGGCCGUGGGAGGCAGGUGAAGGUGGAGCUGAGGAUUUGUGAGGAAUGUCAGAAGUCCAAGAGGAAGAGCAAGCUGGCGGUGGGAGCAGGGAUUCUCAAGACUAACUUUCAGAGCGGAAGAGUUGUAGCAGGAGGAGCAAGUAAAAAUGUCGAAGCAGUGGGUGACAUUAAAACAGCAGGGACAUCGCAAAAAUUUUUCACUUUUAUGGAUAAAAGGCCAUCCACUGACACAAUGACCAACCAGCAGGCUGUUAUCACAACAACGCUUCCAAAUAGAUAUGUACAAACACCUGCAGUAUGGGUUGGAAGAACAAACCCUACAGAGGGCGCUGCAUCUAGCGUCAUUAGCAUGAUCACUCCUACAGCUAUCAAUAACUUAUGGUCUGAUGCACAGCUGAAUACUGCCAAACCAACAGUGAGUUUUGUUAGUAAAGGAGAUGGGAAAAAGAAAAGAUAUGGGAACAUGCUUGACAACGCUAAUUCAUCUGCUAACAAUGAGACUCCAGAAGGUGUCAAACCUGAGAACGAGUCUCCGAAAACGAAAACCCCUAAAGUGAUUGAGAGCGAUCUUAUCAGGACUUUCAAAGCCUUGUCCGAUUUGGAGAUCGGCAUGUAUUCUUUGAUAGGCGUCUCUUGUAUCGCUAUCAUGGCAUUUUUGCUCAACUGUGCAUCGUACAAGCUGUGUUUUCGAAAACAAAAGACCCCCAUACAGACAGCCCCACCACCCACUGCAGACCCAAAGGAUCACAAACAUGACUGGGUGUGGAUGGGGAGCAACAGUCACAACACACCUCCACCAGGUGCUCCAGCUGCCCUUCAAGUUGCAACACUGAAACGUGAGCCUCACCGCCCUCUUGAGUCCCAUCAUUCAAUAGAUUCAAUGGUUCCCAGUGGCCUGCAGGGGUCUUUGCCAACUGUGAGUGCCCCUGCUGUACCUGAGAGAACGGCUACAUUGGGACGCUGCAGGAGCAGUUCCCAGCAACACCAGUUUCAAGUAAAGGGCAUCGACCCAAUGGCAAACCGGUCAGCCACUUUGCUGGCAAGGCCACACCGCAGUGAACCUCUGCAUUCUCCCACCAGCAAGAGGAAUCAAGUCCAGUUUACCACUUUCACGACACUUGACAUCAAGCACUUGGCUGCACUGAAGAAGAAUGGUGUGGACUUAAACUGGGCUAAUCAGAAAAUGCAGCAGCAGCCUCUUCCUCAACCCCAGGCACCUUUACCUGACAUGCCAUGGCCUGUUGUCACACCAUUAGGAGACCCCCAGUGAGUUUACAGAGGUGUACAUAUAUGAUGACAUAUGUAGUCAGGAGGAAUAUAGUGCUUUUUAAAUAUAUUCAUACCUCUUGUUUGGUCCACAUUUUGUUACACUACAAUCAUAAUCCCCCAUGAUUUUUUUUUUCAGAUUUGAUGUAAAAAAAAUGAAAUUACACAAAGUAAUUCAUAAUUGUGUAAUGAGUCAUGCCUUUUUUUACACAAUGUUUUUGACUCAUAAAACAUCAUUGUAUUGUUCCUGCAAUACACCUGCAAGUCUUUUGCUCUGUUUUGAUUUUUUUUGUAUUAAAUCCCAAUAAAAAGUUAAUGUUUGUGGUUGUGACAUCACAAAAUGUGUUUGAUUGGUAUGAAUACAUUUACAAGGUGCUAUAUUUCUAAAUAAGAUGCAUAUUCUGGGAAUGUUUAAAAAAUUGUUAGCUUUUUAAAUAAAAGCAAUUUAAAUAACUUUUGAGGAAUUAUAUUGAUAAAUUAUACAAAGGAUAUUUUAUAUCUCAUGAUUUGCUUAAAUGCAGAUUUGCAAGUAAAGCACAAAAAUAAAUGUUAUCUGGUACUUAGAAAAAUUAUCAAAAUGCUUUGUGUUUAGAUAAAAAAAUAUUAUGUAAAUAUAGAUAUGUAUUGUAUGCUAUUUUACAUAUUUGUACAUUUCUUAGCAAAAAAGCCCUCAGUUAUCACUAUUUACUUUUGUACAGUUCUGUACUUUCUGUUGUAGUUUAGUCAUCAGACUGCAAUAUGAGAGGUUUCCUUCCUUGUAAAUAAACUUUUUUCUGCUAACAAAACCUGCAACAUGUCAGAAAAUAUACAAUAGUUAUUGUUUAACUUCAGCAGUCGAUCAACAAUCUUUAUGAGAAACUAAUUCAUGCUGUUGUCUGGGCGGAGAGAGUGAUGAGGAAUAUUUCUUAACAUUUCGUACACUGAUAGUUCAGUCCACAGGUCUGUCCUGAUCAGAUGCUGUUCCCACCAGGAGAGAAAACAAAACUAAGGGGAAGAAACUGUCACAGAACAGCACACAUUCAUUUGAAAUGUUUCUCCCGUGGUUGCAAAAAAUAUGAUGCCUUUUUUAUGUAACAUCCUCAUGAUUUUAAAGAAAAAUGAUGUGUGCAAUUUCCUGACAAAGUUCUUAUAUCUCAUUUGAAGCUUUAUUGAAUCACUAAUUUCACAUAGGAAUUCCAAGAAGAACACAGCAAAUUGUUAGGAUAAUACCGUGAAAGCUUUGCCAGGAAUCAAGGGGAUUUAAUUGUCUUAAUCACUCCUGAAUGUGAUUUACCUCUGAUGUCAUCAUUCUCCAAAAUGCCACCAUGUUGGAUGGGCCUGAAAGUUUUAGGAUUCAGUACUGCUGCACUAUAAAAAAAACAGACAAAAACAAAAAAACAAAAAACAAGACGACAGAUGUCCCUCAUUUCUUGCAUCCUGGUUCCACCCCUAAAGAAUUACAGGUAUUUUAUCAAAGAUGGAGGCCUACAUACGAUAACUCAUGGCUCAUUUUUUUCCAUUUCCACUCCUCCCCGUGUCUCUGAGGUGAGCGCAGCUCAAAAUUACAUUCUGCAAGCUGUGAUGAAUAAACACUAUUUGCAGCUUAAAGAAAACCAGAUAAUCUGAUGCCAUGCACAACAUGAAUUUGCCGCUGCGGACGUGACAUCGCACAAGCCACUCUCUGGAAACAGCUGCAGAUUUAGAGUGAUGAUAAAAAUUAAUUUUAAUAUAAUAGGAAUCUUUUGUGUAAUUUCCUUGUUGCUACCAAUUGUCUUUUCCAUAUUAACUUUGGUGCAGCAAUGUUUAAUAUAAUUGA